CUCGCGUGAAUAUGCAUACUAGAUAAGUUAAUAUGAAUUAGAGGGAAUAGUAAUAAUUUGUUUUUGGACACGGACCACCCUGUAAAAGCAACAAAUUAGCAAUAAAGCCCAAUAUUUUUGAGAAAAUAGCUCUGAAAAAAUGGCGGAGGAUAAGAAAGAGAAGGAGUCAACGUCGAGUUCGGCGCUUCGGAAUGAAGAAGAUCCCGAAGAUCCCGUCAAAUCUCCUCCUUCUUCCCCCAAUUCCUCUACUCGCAAGGCUUGCUAUGCUGUUCUUCAAAGUUGGGUGUCAAAGAAGUUCAUGACUGGAUGUGUGGUCCUCUUCCCCGUGGCUGUUACAUUUUUCAUCACUUGGUGGUUUAUUCAAUUUGUUGAUGGUUUCUUCAGCCCUAUAUAUGAAAGACUUGGUAUUAACAUAUUUGGCCUUGGAUUUGUCACAUCGAUAACCUUCAUAUUCUUUGUCGGCAUUUUUGCUUCAUCAUGGCUGGGUUCAACAGUUUUCUGGAUAGGGGAAUGGUUUAUAAAGAGAAUGCCCUUUGUGAAGCAUUUAUACUCUGCAUCGAAGCAAAUUAGUUCUGCUAUUUCACCAGACCAGAAUACGAAUGCUUUCAAGGAAGUUGCUAUAAUUCGUCAUCCCCGAAUUGGUGAAUAUGCGAUUGGUUUCAUAACAUCUUCAGUUGUUCUCCAGAGAGAUGAUGGGGAUGAAGAGUUGUGCAGCAUUUUUGUCCCUACAAAUCAUUUGUACAUAGGGGAUGUAUUUCUGGUUAAUUCCAAAGAUAUCAUCAGGCCAAAUUUGUCCGUUCGAGAAGGAAUAGAGAUCAUUGUUUCCGUGGGAAUGUCAAUGCCACAGGUGAUUUCUCCUAUAGAAAGGAUCACAAGACAGAAUGACCGGAUCCCUCUAAACAGAAUGUUAAAGUGAACAGAAUCGUCAUCUCCCGUGCUUAUGAUUUGCACAAAACUACCAUAAUUUCACUUUUUGAGGCCUUUUAUGAUUUGUUUGAUUGUUCAGCGUAUCUGAACUGAAGCGAGUAGUGACAUUCGCGAGUUUGUUGUAUGUUUAUUCUCUAGGAUUAGGAGGAGGAGAUAGGGAGGCAUUGUUUGGCUGUAGUUGGUUUAUUCCUCUAAUUAACAAUUCACCUUGGUCCGUAUAUAUUCUUGUAACUUGUGAAUUCUUGUUUUUGUAUUAUAAAGAAGCGGUCAAUUCAGUCAUCCAA